CUCUGAAAAGUUCAUGCAUAAAAGGCACACGGCAUGGUGGUGGGCGAAACCAACGGUACCAGUGUCUCGCAAAACUACAGAGAAACCAUGAAAUCCCUGAUGGCAGAGGAGCGCGCAAGAGAGACGGUGGCAAGUUUGGAAACCUCAAACAGCAUGAUGAUCUCCGAAGCCCUUGUCCCUCGGCUUUUCAGAGUCGCGCACGAGUCUGGAGAGAUGGCAACAGCUGCCGGUUUCAGUCCUGUAGGAAUGAAGCCUUCCAGCCUCCCGGUACUCCUGGAGAUGAUGGAGAUGCCAAACGGCACGCGUUGCGCGGAGCAGAUCCUAAGCUAUGGGGAGAUGGAGAAAGUGCUGAUCGGGGGUGUGCUGACCAUGCUCACUCUCUUCACCAUCUGCGGAAACCUUCUGGUGGUCAUCUCCGUAUGCUUUGUGAAAAAACUCCGGCAACCCUCCAACUAUCUGAUCGUGUCCCUUGCGCUCGCCGACCUCUCCGUUGCGCUCGCGGUGAUGCCUUUUGUCAGCAUCACCGACCUGAUAGGUGGCAGGUGGAUUUUUGGCAAGUUCUUCUGCAAUGUGUUUAUAGCCAUGGACGUGAUGUGUUGUACCGCGUCCAUCAUGACCCUAUGCGUUAUUAGUAUUGACCGGUACCUGGGCAUCACCAGACCCUUAACAUACCCAGUAAGGCAGAAUGGGUGGUGUAUGGCCAAAAUGGUGCUCUCUGUGUGGUUACUUUCUGCGUCAAUCACUCUACCGCCGCUCUUUGGCUGGGCACAAAAUGUGAAUGAUGACCGGGUGUGUCUGAUCAGCCAGGACUUCGGCUACACCAUUUACUCUACAGCCGUUGCUUUCUACAUCCCUAUGACCGUCAUGCUGGUCAUGUAUUACCGCAUCUACCGUGCCGCCAAGCUCAGUGCCGCCAAACACACCAUCACUGGCUUUCCUCGUGCUGAAGAGGAGGAGGAAGAGGAAAGGGGUGAUGGGACGGAGGAGCCUGUGGGUGUGAAUUGCGUAACAGUGGCGAUCAAGCUUCAGAGGGAAGUGGAAGAGUGUACACGGCUGUCACAAUUUCUGCGAGGUGUGGGCAAGAGGAGCUCAGAUCGGAGGAGCAUCUCCAUAUUCAAACGGGAACAGAAGGCAGCGGCGACGCUUGGAGUGGUGGUGGGAGCGUUUACUGUCUGUUGGCUUCCGUUUUUCCUCCUUUCUACGGCUCGGCCCUUCAUAUGUGGGACCCAAUGUAGUUGUGUACCCUUGUGGGUGGAGAGAACUCUGCUGUGGUUGGGUUAUGCCAACUCACUCAUUAACCCCUUCAUCUAUGCUUUCUUCAACCGGGACCUGCGCACCACCUACCGAAGCCUGCUUAGCUGCCGUUACCGCAACAUAAACCGCAGGCUGUCAGCCGCAGGCAUGCACGAGGCCUUGCGGCUGGUGGAAAGACCAGAAGUGGUUGUCUCUGGGUGACCCAUAACGUGCACAUAACAAACAAAGAGUUUGACGGUUGGCAUUUGCUCAAGGAGGUGGAAUAGGACUCGUGAUUCUUAAUGAUCAUGCUGUUAUUUGACUGCAAGGUGUCACAUUGUACUGCAAGUACCUACAGACCGAAAGCGUGCAGAAUGAAAGACAGUGGUCAUGCAUUUCCAUUCAAAAUCAUCAUUGUGGACACAGCAUUUGUUGUUGGCUGCCAAAGGAUGGAAUGGACAAAUCUGUUUAGAACGAUUAAAGCAAAGACGAACAACUGAAAUGUUGAGAAAAAAACUAUUUCAGCUUAGUUUGUACUUUAAAAGUAUUUGUUAAGUGGUAACGCAAUUGUUUGUCACCUGUUAACUCAGUAAGUUUAAUUCAUUUGUCACUGUGUCCUGAGACUCUUUACAAAUAACACCUUAAGACAAUACACUUUUGCUUUCCGCAGUGUGCACAUGCUCACCCCCACCAAAAACCUGUGACUGCUGAUAGUUUUAUGCUUUCAUGCACUGUGCAUUGAAGCAUAGAUCUAAUGUCAGCUAAGCUUCAGUCUGCUUCUGUGGUAAAGCCUGAGAAGACAGGUGCUAAUCUGAUCCCUGAUCAGUAAUGAAAGGUAUACCAGUGAAACUCUGGUCUUUAAUCUGUAGGCAUUUAUUGUUUGAUUCUGCAUGAAUCCUAUGAAAAAGCUUGCAUGUCAGUACAGUUAUUGUUUCGAACACUAGUCACACAAUAAGCAAAAUGUUGUGAUUAGAAGUAAAGAUUUUGUUUAGAUUUCCUUUAAUAAACUGUGUCCCUUAUAUUUUUAACUGUGUUUAAAAUGUUGGCAAAUAUGUAAAAAAAAGAAAGUGUGCACGAUGCUAGCUUAUGUCUAGUUGUGUAAAUAUUUCAAGCACAUGCACUGUAAUGUACAGUACCCUACACACCAUCAUUUAUGUAUUUUCGUUGCUAUACCUCUUAAAUGUUAUUUCUUGUA